AUGGGGUACUGGGGGACUCUUGGGGGGCACGUGGGACUGGAUCAGGGUCUAGGGGUCACCAGGGAGGUCAUGGGACUGAGAGUGGAAUUCAGACCCUUAGAAAUGACCAGGAGGGACUGGAGCAUGUCCAGGGAAGGGAUGGAGGUGUGGAAGUGUCUGGAGCAGCAGGAAAGGCUGAGGGACCUGUGCCCCCUCAGUUUCCCAGUGUCCCCCAGUGUUUCACACUGGUCCUGGUGGCCUCUCCCUUCUCUGGACUCCCUGGUUAGGACCCUGGCACUGCUGGCAAUGACCAUGGCCAACACAGGCUUCUCAGUUGUCCCCCUGGACAUGGCCUGGAACUCCUUUGAUGACCAGUACCAGGGCUGCCGACACACCAUGACUGAGUUGUUACCAGCCCUCAAUCACUUUGAGUUCCAGCAGAAUCCUCUGUUUGCCCAGACCUGGGUGAAGGCUGCAGACCAGUGGUGGAGGCGGGGGCCCCCUGUGACCCCUCUGUCCCCAGCCCAGGCCAUUGCCCUCAUGACCUAUACAAUGAAGGACGUGCACAAGGAGUUCAAUGCCGCCGUGCAUGUGGCCAGGCGCUCCCACCAGGAAUACCGGAACAACUUCCACUUCAAAACACUGCAUUUCCUGCUGAUCCAGGCCCUGGUGACACUGAGGGACAAUCGGGGACCACGAUGUCACCAUGUGUUUCGGGGGGUGCGUGGUGUCUUGUUCGAAGCACGCUAUGGUGACACCAUCCGGUUUGGUCGAUUCACAUCAACAUCACUGCAUAAACAGAUUGCUCAGCAAUUUGGGACAGACACGAUGUUCCAGGUGCAGACAUGUUACGGAGUGGAUAUCCAAAAAUUUUCCUCCAAUCCUAGUGAGAAGGAGGUGCUGAUCCCACCCUUUGAGACCUUUGAGGUCACCAGUGUCACCCAGGAAGGAGACAGGGCAUUGAUCCAGCUCCGCUCCAGUGGGACCUUCAGCAGAUACAGCUGUGAGUGGCUGCGACGUGACACCAUGGGGAAGACCUGGAAGACAGGGAUACCCACUGCGGACCAGCUCUCUGGGGACCAGCCCUAUGAGCUGGUCAUUGGUGGGAGCAUCCCCAGGGCCCCCUCUCACCUCAGAGGGCUCCUCCUGGCCACUACAGCCCUGGCAGUGGCCACCAGGAUUGUCUGA